UUUUUGAAAAAAAAAAUUAGACUUUGUUUGCCGAAUCGAGCGGUGCGGCGAGUGGAAGCUCCGGUAACCUGCGGUGCUACUGGAAACCUCACUAAGUCAUUGAGCUGAGAUGAAAGGACUCUUCAAAUCCAAGCCGCGAACUCCCGUUGAUAUCGUGCGGCAAACGCGCGAUCUGCUCAUCUAUGCCGGCCGCUUCGCCGACAGUCGUGAUGGUAAGCGGGAAGAGAAGAUGGCGGACUUAUUUAAACAUAUAAGGGAGUUAAAGUGUAUUCUUUAUGGAAAUAGUGAAUCCGAGCCAGUCUCAGAAGCUUGUCAACAACUGACUCAAGAGUUCUUCAGAGAGAACACGCUACGACUGUUGAUCACUUGUCUUCCUAAAUUGAACUUAGAGGCGAGGAAAGAUGCAACUCAAGUUGUUGCAAAUUUGCAAAGGCAACAAGUGAAUUCACGGUUGAUUGCUUCUGAUUACUUGGAAUCGAACAUCGAUCUCAUGGAUGUUUUAAUAGCAGGUUAUGAGAACACAGACAUGGCUUUGCAUUAUGGUGCAAUGUUGAGAGAAUGCAUAAGGCAUCAGACUGUUGCAAGAUAUGUUUUGGAGUCACAGCACGUGAAGAAAUUUUUUGACUAUAUACAACUUCCAAAUUUCGAUAUUUCUGCUGAUGCUGCUGCAACUUUUAAGGAGCUCUUGACAAGGCAUAAGUCCACUGUGGCUGAGUUUCUUUCUAGGAACUAUGACUGGUUCUUUGCAGAAUAUAACUCAAAGUUGCUGGAAUCUAGCAACUAUAUUACUAGAAGACAAGCAAUCAAGUUGUUGGGAGAUAUUUUGUUGGACCGGUCAAAUUCUGCAGUCAUGACCAGAUACGUGAGCUCAAGGGAUAAUUUAAGGAUUCUCAUGAAUCUUCUAAGGGAAUCGAGCAAGAGCAUCCAAAUAGAAGCUUUUCAUGUUUUCAAGUUGUUUGCUGCAAACCAGAACAAGCCUCCAGACAUUGUUAGCAUACUGGUUGCAAAUAAAAGCAAGCUUCUACGUUUGUUUGCGGAUUUCAAGACCGAUAAAGAGGAUGAACAGUUUGAGGCAGACAAGGCUCAAGUUGUGAAAGAAAUUGCUUCCCUUGAGCUUAGAGACCGGCCAGAGUGAGCUCUUGUAUGCUCAGAAUUGAAUAACAUUCUCCUAGUAAUAGACUUGUAGUGCUUUCGGAAGGGCAUGUAAUAUGUAAAAAAGAAGGCUUUUCAUUUCUGUUUCCUCGUUCAUAGAAUCUUAUUAUCUAU